AUGGUGACCAUCGCCGGGCCUUCGAGGCCGUUGGUGCUCGCAAGGACGACUCUGCAGAGGCUCGCCGUGGCGAGGCAAGUGGGGUACGCAACAGUCGCAAAAGGGCCGUCACAAGAGCCUGCGAAGAAGAAGGAGAGGCUCGUGAUUCUGGGCUCCGGAUGGGGUGCAAUGUCGCUCCUCAAGUCGCUCAACCAGUCCAAGUACGAAGUCAUCUGCGUCUCGCCCAACACCUACUUUGCCAUGACGCCGCUGCUAGCCCAGGCCGCAACAGGUCUGCUCGAGUUUCGAGCCACGAUGGAGCCCGUACGCGGGCGACAUAGCCAGCUGCAAUUUUACCACGCCUGGGCGGAGAAGAUUGACCUGAAGAACAAGAAGCUGCUGCUGAUGCCGGCCUACCCGCCCGCGUUUCGCGAGGUUGACCCACUGAUGGAGGAAGGUGCUGCAGGGCCAGCGGCCACAAGUUCCGAAGCCCAGCAGCCAAAGAGACUAGUGCCCAACGCGAGGGGUGGUCACUCGACACUCAUGGCGCGCGCCCCACACAGGCGAGCCAUCGAGUCCGACUCGGACGAAGCGGUGCUCGACUCGUCCAAGCAGGUGGGCCAUCACAGCCAGGCGGCGGGUGAGUCAUGGACGAGCCUCGAGGAAGGAAGAGAGUACGAGCUCGGGUUCGACAAGCUCGUCAUCGCCGUGGGCGCGUACAACCGGACAUUUUCCACAAAGGGCGUUCGGGAGCAUGCAUGGUUCUUGAAAGAUGUCCAGAAUGCACGCUCGAUCCGAUGGAGGAUCCUCGAGUGCUUCGAGCAGGCCGACCACCCGAACCUGACCGAUGAACAGCGCAGGGCUCUGCUCAACUUUAUCAUUGUCGGUGGCGGGCCCACGGGUUCAGAAUUUGCAGCCGAGCUCCACGAUCUCAUCGCGACGGACCUCAAGCGGCUCUACCCCGAGCAGGUGCCACUGGCGAGAAUCAGCAUCGUCGACGCCUCUCCUGGCAUUCUCAACAAUUUUGACGCCUCGCUGAGCACUUAUGCACGCGAGAAAUUCAAGCGAGACGGCAUCGACUUGCUCCUCAACCGCAAAGUAAAGGCCGUCGACAAGGGGCGGUUGAUCGUCGAACCAGAUGGAGAGAUCCCCUUUGGCCUGCUCGUCUGGUCGACAGGCAUCUGCGCAUCACCGCUGGUCAAAAGCACGGUAUCGAUUGCAAAGGACCCAAACAAUCAGUUCUUCCUCACCGACGACCAUCUCCGCAUUCUCGAGCCAGCCGCCUCAGAGGGUGCAGAGAAGACACACGUCGAGGGCGUCUGGGGCAUUGGCGAUUGCAGCCAGAUUGAGGGCAAAAUGCUGCCUGCAACAGCGCAGGUGGCCUCACAAAAGGGCAAGCACCUCGCCGCCGUCCUCAAUGGCGAGAUGGACCACGACACCGAGGAGGGCGAGACGGUCUUCAAGCACAAGAACAUGGGCGCCAUGGCCAGCCUAGGCAAGGGCUCGGCCAUCGUCGACAGCCCGAACGCAAAGGCCCAGGGCAGACUCGCCUGGGUCAUUUGGAGAUCGGCGUACACGUGGAUGAGCCUCAGCUGGAGAAAUCGGAUCCUGGUACCCUUCUUCUGGACCAUCAACAAGGUCUUUGGAAGGGAUCUCACCAGGUUCUGA